GGGUAGCAGAGGCCGAAGGCGAAGGGUAGGAAUUCCGUAAAACAAAGUUUGACUACAUGCCGACAUGAAAUGGCAGCAUUUCAAGGCUUCAUUUGCCAUUGUCGAAAAGAUAGAAAACGUGAGAAACAACUUCAGAUUAGAGGAAGAACACCGUAUUCAGGGAGCUUACCAGAAAUGUUUGCUAUUGGAGUCAGGUACUCAAAGAUUCUCAUCUACUAAUAACAACAAAUAGCAGUCACAAUCAAGGAGAUCUAAAUGUAAUCAGAAAUGGCAUCUGUUAGGCACACAAUAUAGAGUAUGCUACUGAGAUUUCAAUUAAUUAAUUUGUCUGAUACUUCAACUGCCUGAAUUACUGGAUAUGACAGAUGUCCUACAAACAAAUCUGGGGCUGGCUGAGAAAGAGUCCCCAGAAGCAACAGCAGUGCCCCAAACGCCAGGAUUCCCAGCAGAAGGAAAUGAGAAGCUGAAGGAGGCCGAGAAAGGCCUGGAGACGUCUUCCGAAGGAGAGGUCAUGAGUUUUGCAAGCAUGGAGCCCAGUACCUUACAGUGGCCUGCAGAGAAGGAUGCUCUCAACAAGGCUGGGAGGCCAUUGUCUCAGGAGAGCCAGCGUGUGAGCGGAGAAGGGAAGGAGAUGGACGACGAGCGAGCCAGCAUACAGUCCGAGUGCCUGUCGCUCAGGGGAGGGGAGAGCACAACGGAGAGCGAGCGGGAGCUCAGGAUGCGGGAGAAGAUAAAGUCCGCGGACGGAUGGCUGGAGAAGAAGAACGAAAGGGAGGCAGAAUUGGAGUUGAGGGCAGAAUUGGAGUUGAGGGCACAACAAAAAGGAUGUCACAUGGAGAUCGAGAUGGACGAGGUCAACUCCAUGCCAGAAGAGGCAGCACGGGUUUUUAGACCAAACAUGCACCACUCUUCUAUUGUACCCGAGUCCCCCAGAGAUUGGGAUGAUGAGGAUAAGAGCCCUUUCAUAGGAUCUCAUGGUGCUCCAGUGAAUGAAUAUUACAAUGACUGGGAACCACAAGAAUCACCAAAAUUGGGAUGUGUUGGCAGCGGUCGUGAUGUACUGAAAGCCGCCAUCUCCAUGUUCUCGGGUGCUGUGAUCUUCCCUUUUCUGGUUUGGGGGGGAUACGUCUUCCUUCCAUUCGAUGCCCCUUUCCUUGAAACUGCACCCUUGCGGCUGGUCUACACACUGCGAUGCUCUGUGUUUGGUGUGGUGCCCAUUGUGCUGGGACUGUUUGUGUUAGGGAUAUCCCGUAUACGUUUUGGUGCUUUACGUCCCCAGUUUGAGAGUCAGACAGAAGUGAAGGAAGUGGCCGUUCACCGCCGUUUUGUGGAUGAAUCUGUCUCCUUGUUCCUGCUGUACUUCGUUCAGCUGGCUGUGUUGGCUGCUUAUCUGAACCACGACUUACUUAAGCUAGUGCCUCUGUUGACCAUCCUUUUUGCCAUUGGCAGGCUUUGCUACUGGGUUGCCGCAACCAUGGGCAGUAGCCUUAGAGGGUUUGGCUUCGCCCUGUCUUUCCUGCCCAUGGUCACUAUGAUGGUGGCGAACAUGUACUUCAUCUUUGUGCUUGAUGCUGAAGGGAACCUGUUUGCCCAAGAGGCCCGUUCUUCCCAUGACUCCCCUUCCACCUAUCGGCAGAGAUUCUGGGGUUGAUCUGUUACUCCAGGCCUAGGUUGCCAAAUUGGGGUCCUUUUCAUUUAUUUUAAUUUAGAUUACAAUGAUCAAGGUUUUUCUGUGCGAGGCAUUGAGAGUGUGUUUAAUAAAUGAGUCACUGACUUACUGGGUGAUUGCUGUCAGUGAAGUAUGGCACUGAAAAUGUACAUUACAUGAUGAACAAGGCAAAAUAAAUAAACAUGAUUUACUUGAUGUUUUAAUGACUUGUUAGAUGGACUUUUAGUAAAGAAUGGUAUUGUCUUCCAGAGAUUAUUUAAUAGUCGGGGUUAUUCGCAUUCUUAUGGAGGUAACGAUUAGUAUUUAAGCACUUUUUAUGUGAAAACUGAAUUCCCUGUAGUCUAAGUCCAGUUUCUGCAGUAACUUGUAGAUUUGUUUACUUUCCUCAAUAGACAGUAGGGCACAAAGAUAUGUUGAUUUUUGUCUAACCUACAUUGAUAAUGUUUACAUUAAAUGCACAGUCAUAACUCUUC